UAUGUGGUGUGGUUGUCAUGGUCAUGGCUGCAAUUGCAUGCCAUAACCCUUUAUAUUUCAGCCAUUUGUCAACAAGACACAACCAGGACCCCGCAACUGUAUUCCUUCAAACUCCUUCCAGAUACAACAAAUACCUCCGUCUUGUAAUAGCAUCAUGGAUUGUAGAAAACUCUGUGAACACUUCCUACAUCAUUCCCCUUCAAGAUGAAUCCACAUUAAAUGCCGCUAGUGGUAAAGAGAAAGAGACAUAUUGGAAGUCAAAUGCAUGUACAGGAUCUGAAAACAUUGUACAAAAAAUGCACGUAGAUAACAAUGACAAACACAACUGCUCUUCAGUUCAGAAAAGUGCGAAGCAAAAAACAGAACCGAAACUCCAACCUAAAACGGAAGAAAUUUGUGAAGACUGUAAUGCAUCCCCAGAUGACAAGGACCACGACUACAACUCCUCGUCUUCACUUCGAAGUUGCAAGGCUGAACAAGAAUCGGAAUUUCAACCCAAAUCAACUAAAGGAGAAAAGAAAUUUCAGUGCGGCUAUUGUCACUCAAGUUUCACCACCAACUUUUCGUUCCGACGACAUAUGCAAUCUCGACAUCCAACUGCGACAGCUGACCUUAAUGGCAAAACCGAAUGUAACAGCUGUGGAUUUAAAUGUCACAGGAUUUGUGACCUGAGAACGCAUCUUUCACAACAACACAACGUUAUUUUCAUAAAUGAAUCUAUUACACUAGAUAACGUCAACGAAUUUGAAGAUUGGAAACAGUCAUUGGAAGAAAAGGGGUGUUGCUCGUUUGUCAAGGCAACUGGUAGCAAAAAUAGUGGAAGUGUACAAUAUUACCAAUGCAAUCGUGGUGGGCACUAUAAAUCGAAAACAACAGAGAAACGACGAACAAAAUCUCAAGGAACCUGCAAAUUACAAAAUAACUGCACGUCAACCAUCAAAGCUGUCGUGACAGAAGAAGGGAAAGUAUCCGCUGAAGUUUGCCACACGCAUUACGGACAUGAUAAACAGCUGCAACACACGUGGUUACCAACAGCAAAAAGGCAACAAAUAGCAGCUCUUCUAAAAGAAGGGGUAUCGAGAGACAAGAUACUGGAGGAUAUACGAGAAAGUGCAAUGAAUGGAACAAACGAAUUCACAAGAUAUCAUUUAACAGACAAGAAGGACGUAAGCAAUAUUGUUAAGUCAUUUGGAUUAAGUCAAGUCCAAAAACAUACAAAUGAUCAGGAAAGUGUCAGGGCAUGGCUGGGAGAAUGGGCAGCAAGCGAGAACAACCCUGUUCUUUUUUGCAAAUUUCAAGGCGAAGAUUCACCUGAAGAUGUUGACUUACUCAAAGAAGAUUUUAUGAUAGUAUUACAAACACCUUUUCAAAAAUUGAUGGCAACAAAGUUCGCUGUAAAAGGAGUAUGCAUUGACGCAACGCAUGGAACCACGGGGUAUGAUUUCCCUCUAACAACAGUCAUGGUAAUGGAUGAGCAAGGUGAAGGGUUUCCAAUAGCUUGGUGUUUGUCCAAUCACGAAGACGUUACGCAUAUGUGCAUUUUCUUCGGUUUGUUGAAGCAGAAUUGUGGUAUCUUGACGCCUCGCUGGGUUAUGUCUGAUUUGGCAAACCAAUUUUAUAAUGCAUGGGUUGCCAUAAUGGGAGGUAAUCCUCUAAAACUUGUCUGUACUUGGCAUGUUGACAAGGCAUGGCAAGAGGAAUUGAGAGCCAAAGUUCACGAUACCGUCACUGCUGCUGAAAUUUAUAAGAUGCUAAGGACCGUACUUCAGGAAACGGAUAAACUUAAUUUUCAGGACUAUUUACAUCAACUGCUUGAGCAACUACCAUCGCUUAGUCCCGAAUUCUACGAGUACUUUAAAAGGGAGUGGUUCGACAGAACAGAGAUAUGGGCAUACUGCUUUCGACUCGGUAUGGGCAUAAAUACAAACAUGCUGGUAGAGGCAUUCCACCGCGUAUUUAAAUACAACUACCUUAAGGGUAAAGUAAACAAAAGAGUUGACAAAUGUUUAGUAAACCUUCUCAAGUAUGUCAGAGACAAAUACUUUGAAAGGGUAAUCAAACUAACCAAGGGGAAGAGUUGCCACAAGCAACGUCUAAUCCAGGAUCGCCACAACAAAAGCAGGGCCAUGACAACCGAAGCUGUUGAGGUACUUGAUGACUUACGAUGGAAAGUUCGUGGACAGAACGGAGAAAACAUUUAUAUUGUUUCAAAACAAGCAACCAAUUGUGCAGGCACCACUUGUCAGAUUAAAUGCCCAGAAUGCAAUAUUUGUAUACACCAAUAUGUAUGCAACUGUCCUGACAGCCUAAUCCAAAGUACGAUUUGUAAGCACGCACAUCUUCUUCAGCGUUUUUUACUACUAAAGCAGACUACGGAGAAUGGCGACGAUUGUGGACUAAUUCCAGACAUCAGACGCAACGAUGAGAGCAAGUAUAAAGAUACGGAAGUCAAAUUAGUAGCAGAACAUCUUAAACAGGACGCUGGCCCACCGAAAGACAUCCAAGCACUCAGGCUGAGAUUAAGGCAAAAACUGAUUGUUUUAGCUGAUAGUGUGUUGACUUGUGACAACAAAUCUUCAUUGCAAGAACUUGAAAAGCAACUAAAUUCAGCAUCCCACCUUUUCAGUUCAAUGAAUAAGCACAAGCCUCUAAAAUAUCUUGAAGUUACCCGCCAAUUUCCAGGAAACAAAAAUAUUGAAACUCAGCUUCGUUUCCAUUCAACAAAGAAGAAGAGAAAGCUUCCAAAAAAUAUCCGUUUCAGUAAACCAACUAGGGCAGUAAUCGAUAAAUUAUUUUCGAACAAGGAAGGUAAAUGAAUUAAUUACAGUACUAGUAUUAGUAAUAGAAUGCGAUGUGACAUGUGUUAUUUCACACGAACUGGGAAUAGUUAAGAAUACGGGAAAGGGAGGCUUUGAGGCCAAAGGUGUGUUGUGAUGCACACUGCAUUUAAAUGCCAGAAAAUUAGGAAACUUAUUUAAAUUAUCUAAUAACUGGGUAAAAGAAUCUAUAUAAUUGCCAAGUCUUUUUUGUAGUGUAUUUGUAUGUGCAAUCAUUAUAUAAGUGGAAAUAUUUCUGUUUUCAGACAUUGACUCCAUGUUAAGGUGGUUUGGUGUGCCAGAGGCCACAAUUAUAAAAGUGAACAGUCCAGGCAACAAAGUGUAUAUGCUUCAAGUAAAAGACAUUAAUCUUGAUGGUGAACAUCCACCUGAAGAAGCACUUGGCAGUGAUAUCACACUAAUGAAGAAGCAUUGUACAAAUACUGCAUGGAAAAAGAUUAUUGACUCAUGUAAGCAAAUUUUUCAAAGAAAGAUUAUCACCAAGUGUUGAGUACUAGUUUUGAAUUAGUAUAUUCAUUAUAGUCACUGCUCUUAAAGAAGAAUGGAAAUGUAACACUUGCAAUACCUCUAAUUAUCAGAACAUGAUAAUGUGUGAUGAUUGUGAAAGCUGGCACCACUGGUAGGAUGAAUUUUCUUUCUUUAGAGAGUUGCACUGUAUAACAUAAUCAACAUAUUUUAUAAGUUCCCAUUCAAAAUUAUGACAAAACAUGUUCAAGUACCCAUUCAUGAAACAUUUAUAUAUUUGACAAUGAAGGACCUGUGUGAAGGUGGAAGAGGAAACAGAUGAGUGGUACUGUCAAUUGUGUGAACACUUACAUACCUAAUCCUCAGCCUCAGGUACUGUAAAGUGCAUUAUUGUAAACACUAGCCUAUACAGGUUUUUACCAUUGUAUGAAAUUUUAUAAUAGCCUAAUAUGUUUCUGCAUCUUAUAGGUGUUUGUGCUUACAGUAUGUUUAACACAAAAGAAAAGACUAAAAAGUAGACAUUCCUGAAUAGUGACAGAUCUCACAGAUUUCUCAGGAAAGUAGUUUCACUGGGUUAAGGCCCUGUUACAC